GCGGCGAGGAGCGGCCAUGGCGGCGGCGGUGCUGGGGCGGGCGGCGGGCUGUGCGCGGCGGCCGCUGGCGGCGGUGCGGCGGCCGCUGGCGGCGGGGCUGCGGCGGGGCUGCGCGGGGCUGGCGGUGGACGACACGGUGAACGGGCUGAGCGCCGAGCAGCGACAGCUUAGACAGACCAUGACAAAGUUCUGCCAAGAGCAUUUGGCUCCAAAGGCUCAACAGAUUGACCAGGAGAAUGAAUUCAAAGGCAUGCGGGACUUUUGGAAGAAACUUGGAGAGCUGGGAGUUCUGGGGAUCACAGCUCCAGCGGAGUACGGGGGCUCUGACCUGGGCUACCUGGAGCACGUGCUGGUGAUGGAGGAGAUCUCGCGCGCGUCGGCGGCCGUGGGGCUCAGCUACGGCGCCCACUCCAACCUGUGCAUCAACCAGCUCGUGCGCAAUGGCAACGACGCCCAGAAACACAAGUACCUGCCCAAGCUGAUCAGUGGGGAGCACAUCGGGGCCCUGGCCAUGAGCGAGCCCAACUCUGGCUCUGAUGUCGUGUCCAUGAAGCUGAAAGCAGAUAAGAAAGGAGACUACUUUGUUCUGAACGGGAACAAGUUCUGGAUCACCAAUGGGCCGGAUGCAGAUGUGCUCAUUGUUUAUGCUAAAACUGACAUCACCGCAGUCCCGGCCUCCCGGGGGAUCACUGCCUUCAUCGUGGAGAGGGGAAUGCCUGGUUUCAGGACAGCCCAGAAGCUGGAUAAGCUGGGAAUGAGAGGGUCUAACACCUGUGAACUGAUCUUUGAAGACUGCAAGGUCCCCGCUGAAAAUGUCUUGGGGGCCCUGAGCAAAGGAGUCUACGUCCUGAUGAGUGGACUGGACCUGGAGAGGCUCGUGCUGUCUGGUGGGCCCCUGGGGCUCAUGCAAGCUGUUCUCGACCACGCAAUUCCAUACCUGCACGUCAGAGAAGCAUUUGGACAGAAAAUUGGCCACUUCCAGCUCAUGCAGGGGAAGAUGGCAGACAUGUACACGCGGCUCAUGGCGUGCCGGCAGUACGUCUACAACGUGGCCAAGGCCUGUGACCAGGGCCACUUCAACGCCAAGGACUGCGCGGCGGUGAUCCUGUACUCGGCAGAGUGCGCGACGCAGGUGGCCCUGGACGGGAUCCAGUGCCUGGGUGGCAACGGCUACAUCAACGACUACCCCAUGGGGCGGUUCCUGCGCGACGCCAAGCUCUACGAGAUCGGGGCGGGCACCAGCGAGGUGCGCAGGCUCGUCAUCGGCAGGGCCUUCAACGCCACCUUCCAGUAACGUCCCCGGGGCAGGGGCAGCACCGGCACCACGAGGCCUUGAGCACGAGGCUGGAGCGCACAACUGCUUCCCGCUUGCCGUCCUGGCGCUGCCACCCAUGGACUCCCCUCCACCCGCUUUGGCAACAGAGGCUGCUGGGCUGGGCUGGGACAAAGGAAUCGGAGGGUGGCAUGGCAGGAAAAGGGUUUUAUCUCGUUGUGGUCAUCCUGAUUCACACUCUUCAUGAGCUGUUGAUCCUCAGCAUUGCAGGGCUGAGGGUUGUCCCCCCACCAGGACAGACUGGCGAGGGCUGUGCAGCCAUUGCUGAGCACAGAAAGUCAACCCAAAAAAGCCAAAACGGACAAGGAGGGAACAACUUUAUUCUUUUCCAAAAGUGCCAUUAACUAGUUAGCAUUUAGCAUAUUGCCACUGGAAGGUGGAACUUCCCACUGUGCCCUUCCAGUGGGAUUAAUGCCUUCCAUUUUUGGAACUCGACGCCAGCAUCGUGGGGUGGCUGCUCAUCAAUGCUUAACAUCAUCCAUGCUCAGGCAGUGUUUUAGGUGCUGAUUCCUAAAGCCUCCUUAAAUCUCACAUCUGUUUGUUUGCAGAAUUCCUUUCUAUUUGCAGAAUUCUUUUCAUAUUCUGGCUGCUUCUGGAGGCAUUUCGGUGCAGCCCUGAGUCCUUGCUGUGCUGACCAAUGGCUCCCACUGGGUCAUUCCCUCAGAGGUGCCACCACUCAUCACUCUGGUGACAGUCAGACCUGUAUUGUGACAUCUGUGCAUGAAGCAGGCAGGAGGAGUUGACUUUUUGGGGGGUUUUGUUCUCCGGGGGUUGUUGUUUUGGCAAAGCCUGUUCUCACACUCCACCUCCAGCUGGGGCGAGCGCAGGGUGUUUGGGGGUGAUCCCAGUGUAUAUUUUGUACAGCAGACUGAGGUUGAUCCAGCUUUGUUAAAGGAAAUUGCACAGUGUCCUGCCAGCCUUAAAAGAGUGAAUCACAAAUCCAGAUGGGAUGCUGGAAGUAUGAUUGAACAGUUAAUUAAUUAAACAGUUGCCAUGUAGGCAACUCCCAGCAGUUUUAACAGAAA